AUGCUCGAGGCGGCGCAGGGGGAGAUUAAGGUGUUGGAGUCGAAGUGGAAGGGUCGCAUGGACCUGCCGAUGACCGAGAUUGGCGUCGGCGCGCUCUUCACCGCGGAGGUGUACGCGUGGUUCUGCGUCGGAGAGGUCCUCGGCCGCGGCGGCUCCAUCACCGGAUACUGA